AACACAAGGAUAUGGCUGACGAGAGGGGUGGAGGUGAAGACAACGCUAACGACAACAUGGGAAACCAGUUACAGCUCUUACCAGACAAUGAGGAAGAGGAAGAGGAGGAUGACAUGGAGACGGAAGAUCAAGAUAGUAAAGAGGCAGAGAAGCCCAAACUUAUCACCUUUGACCCCAGUCUUCCCACAUCACAUGCAUACCUGGGUUCAGACAUGGAGGAGUUUCAUGGCCGUACUGUCCACGAUGACGACAGCUGUCAGACCAUUCCUGUGCUGCCACACACGGCUGUGAUGUUGGUGCCGGGCCAGACGCUGCCUCUGCAGCUCUUCAGGCCGCAGGAGGUCAGCAUGAUGCGAAGCGUCAUCCAGAGAGACCGCACCUUUGCUGUGCUCGCACACAGUGAAACAGGUGAGCCGGAUGCAGAGUUUGGAACUACAGCUGAAAUCUAUGCAUACCGAGAGGAGCAGGAGUACGGCAUUGAAACGGUCAAAGUGAAAGCUGUAGGGAGGCAGAGAUUUAAGGUCCAUGAGAUAAGAACUCAAGCAGACGGGAUCAAACAGGCUAAAGUACAGAUCCUUCCAGAACGAAUCCUUCCAGACCCCCUCUCCGCUGUGCAGCUGACACCCCUGUCCAGGCUCCACAUGCACCCCUCCUCCAAACCCCCGAGUCAGAGCUGCAAACAGGCUCAGUGCUGGUGGAAUAACUACAAACAGAGAAAGUUUCACUGUGCCAGUUUGACGCCAUGGCCACCCUGGGUCUACGCACUCUAUGAUUCUGAGUCGCUCAUGAACAGGGUGAAGAAACAGCUUCACGAAUGGGAUGAGAAUCUGAAGGAUGAUUCCCUCCCUGCAAAUGCAGUAGAUUUCUCCUAUAGAGUAGCAGCCUGUCUGCCCAUAGAUGAUGCUCUGCGGCUUCAGCUAUUGAAGAUUGGCAGCGCCAUCCAGAGACUUCGCUGUGAGCUAGACAUUAUGGACCGGUGUACGUCGCUGUGCUGUAAGCAGUGCCAGGACACAGAAAUCACCACAAAAAAUGAGAUCUUCAGCCUGUCCCUGUAUGGCCCCAUGGCUGCAUACGUCAAUCCUCACGGUUACGUCCACGAAACGCUGACUGUCUACAAAGCCAACAACCUUAAUCUGGUUGGCAGGCCAUCUACACUGCACAGCUGGUUUCCAGGGUACGCCUGGACGAUUGCUCAGUGUCGAACCUGCGGAUCCCACAUGGGUUGGAAGUUCACAGCCACCAAGAAGGACUUGUCUCCGCCUCGUUUCUGGGGUCUUACUCGUUCAGCCAUGCUCCCCCGUAUCCCACAGGGUCAAGGGGAGGAGGGCAGAGAGGGCUCUCGCCUCUUCUGCCUGUGACGCCAGACCAUCCAUUUGCCUCAUUCAAAAAAGCCCCUGCAAACCUCCCACAGUCUGCAUCUUUAGCCAGUUUCUGGCUGCAGUUAAAGUAAUCAGUGCAUCACAAUGCCACCCCAGCAGCAAAUUCAUAAUAUUAGUGGAAAGGUCAUUCGGCCUUCAGAUGGCACUCUCAAGAGCAUAUUUGAAUAGGCUGGAUGUAAUUAUUAUUCUAAAAGGUUCUUAAAAUGUGGAGGCAGCGGCGAGAUGCUGAAAGCAGUCAGAGUGAGAAUCAAAUUGAGACUUACAGAAUGGACCAUGAUAUGUGGUUAAGAUCCCAGCAUGCAGCUGCCUGAUCUGCACCUCUUUCCAGCUGUUUUCUUAAUAGAAAAACACGCAGACCCACAAAGAUAUGCUGAAUGCAUAAUGCUUUUUACCUUCACCUCCUUUCCUCUGUCUCUGCUGGUUGCACGCAGCUAACUUUGAGAUGUCGUUGGCAAGCUGUGAUGGCCACUUUAAGCUGUUGUAAAAUCCACAUACAGUCAUUUUAGCUAGCAUUCAGAUCCUUUUGUGAGUUUUUAUUAUAUCAGCUGCAAUAGACCAGUGGAGUAAACUGUUUGAAUGAAAGUGCUCUCAUGUAUGUGUAGAUCUGUCAUGAUGGGAGACAUUUUGAAUCUUGGAAUUACAUUGGAUGUAUUUUUGUAUGCAAGAAGGUUGGAAAUUAAUCUAACGUAUUCAUUGAUGUUUGGAGAAACUGCAAUUUAUUACCACGGUGAAUUUGUUUUGUUCUAAAAAAAAGAAAAGAAAAGAAAUGACACUAAUGAUAUUGUGUAAUAUAUCUGAUAUAAUCUGUGUCUGUUUCGUAUUCACUAGAGCCUCAUUAUCCCAUCUGGAAACAAGCAUCAUCUUUGGUUGCAUGAGUGAAAAUUAGAGAUGCAUUGGUGCCUUGUGGCAGACUGUUUUAUUAAAGGUCAAAGCCCAUUGAGACAGAGCAAGAGGAGCAUUUACCCGUCUUUUAGUUUGUUCAUGCGUGGUAUGUUAAAAUGGUGUGCCUAUGCUCCAGCUCCGUGUCUUUUCGAAGUGUGAGGAAUCAGAUUCACAAUGGUGAUGCGAUAAAAGAGUUAACUCUUUUAUUUUUUUAGUUUUCUCUUGGGUUUGUAGUUUGACAGCUUUCAGGAUUUUACUUCUAGUGAUUCAAGGUGUUGCAAAGUGCUGGCUCACGUUUGUAUUAAUGUAAGUGUAAAAAUGAGGCAGCAUUUGUUGUUUUAUAUGGCUGUCGAUCUACUGUUUGUAGAAUCUAUUUUUUGCAAAACUCUCCAUGUUGCUGAAUUUUAUUAGGAAAUUCUUUUUAUCAGUAAGCCGAGUAGCGCAAUGAGAAAUCAUCUAAAUUCAGCAUAAAAUGUAAGGAAAUUUGUGUUUGGUUGUAACAGUGCUUCUUCACAUUAAAUCUUAUA